AUGGGGGGAAACUUCACCAUCCGGUGUCGGCAUCAGCUCUUGGACAAGAGGUUUCUCCUCUACAAGGAUGGAGCUGGGAACUAUACGGCUUACACAGACCCUGCCGGCUCUGAGGCUGAAUUUCCCAUCAUCAGCGCCAGACGGAAACACAGGGGCAGCUACACCUGUCGUUAUAGUGACAGAACAGACCCACCUGCCUACUCGGAGCCCAGCGACCCUGUGAAGAUCAUUGUCAGAGAGCCCAGCUACCCCAAACCCAACAUCUCCCUGAGACCCAGCGGGGGGGUCUCCCUGGGGGGAGCCGUGGCCAUCUGGUGUCGGGGGCAGCACCAGGGCGUGUGGUUCGUACUGAAUAAAGAGCGACGCCAUUUCCCACCUGUGGAUUCGGACGGGUUGGAGGCUGAGUUUCCCAUCAGCAACGUGAGCCGGGAGGACGGUGGGAACUACAGCUGCUUCUAUCACAGCAGAUCGGAGCCGUUCAACGUGUCGUACCCCAGCGACCCCGUGGAGCUGGUGGUGAGAGAUCCCAGCUUACCCAGACCCAACAUCUCCCUGAGCUCCGAGCACACGGGGGAGCUGGCCCAAGACAAGGGCUCCUGGGACGCCGGCUCAGCCCGGGGAAGAGCCGCCAUUGCCUGGGGAAACAACCAGGGAGGGGCACAAGAUCCCACCUGCUCGGGGAACACAGGACCAGGGGGCUCAGAACUGAAGCUGUGCAUCCCCAUCAUCGCCGGGGUGAGCUCGGCAGCCGCCGGCCUCCUCCUCCUCGUGGCCUUCCUCUGCUACAGACGAACCCAAGGAGGGAAAGGACCAGCCCCAAAACAGAGCAGGAAGUCCGAGCCUGCAACCACAGUCUACGCCCUCAGGGGUGAAGGGACGCAGCUGGAUGUCCUGCCCCGGGAGCCCGACCCCAGCGCCGAGGGACUCACCUAUGCCGAGCUGGACCGCCAGGCACUUCAGGCCAAGCGGGGGGGCCCGGCCCCUGCCCCCGAGCCCGUCCUGUACGCCACCAUCAAUGUCAGCUAGGAGCCCCAUGGGCAGAGCCCCUGGGGUGCAGGGGAGCCCCCCACCCAC